AAGGGGCGGCCUUUCCGCUCUCGGCGCGGCGGCGGCACCACGCGGCGUGGCCAUGGCGGACGGGGACGGUUCUUCCGUGAAGAAACGGCGGAAGAAGGACAAGCGAUCGCUGCCCGACGAGGAUGUGGCGGACAUCCAGCACACCGAGGAGUUCCUCAUCAAGCCCGAGUCCCGUGUGGCGCAGCUGGACACGUCCCAGUGGCCGCUGCUGCUGAAGAACUUUGACAAGCUAAACGUGCUGACAACACACUACACACCCCUCCCUUCCGGUGCUAAUCCCUUGAAGAGGGAGAUCUCUGACUAUGUACGGUCUGGCUUCAUCAACCUGGACAAGCCUUCCAAUCCAUCUUCCCAUGAGGUGGUGGCAUGGAUCCGACGCAUCCUUCGAGUAGAGAAGACAGGGCACAGUGGCACCCUGGACCCUAAGGUGACUGGGUGCCUCAUUGUGUGCAUUGAGAGGGCGACACGACUCGUCAAGUCUCAGCAGAGUGCAGGUAGGCUCACUGCCAUGGGACUGUGGUCAGAGAGGCUGAGGAGGUGCAGAGUUGUUUUGGAGGCAGGGAGGUUUCCAUUCUUGUCUUUGGGAGACCUGCCCUAAGCUUUCAGUGCCUUGAGCUCAAGGAUUGCUUAUCCAUCUUGUUUCCGGCCAUUGAGGGCACAUCCAUGCUGUCUCAACUGGUUUUUCUGAUUGCUUCUCUGUCUGGGAUUUGUGCUCUUUUAGGUCGAUGAAAACAGGUCUGAAAAGACAGGUUUUGUGUGCUAACUGAACUUAAGGCACAAGUCUGCAAAUCCCAAGAAAUAAAUUGUGGUGAAGAAAUAA